GCGGGGCAGCGCUUCCCUUUCCUCAUCGUCCUGGACUUCGAGGCCACGUGCUGGGAGGACCGCGGGCGGCGCGGGCCCGAGAUCAUUGAAUUUCCAGCAGUCCUGUUAAACACCUCAACAGGAGCUAUUGAAUCUGAAUUCCACAUGUAUGUCCAGCCCCAAGAGCAUCCUAUUCUCUCUGAAUUCUGUACAGAACUAACUGGCAUAACACAGAAACAAGCUGACGAAGGGGUGCCUCUCAACAUUUGCUUAUCUCAGUUUUUGAAAUGGAUUCAAAUGAUACAAAAGGAGAAGAAAAUUAUGUUCAGUACAGAUAGUCAGAGUAAUUCUUCAGAUGCAAAAGCGUGUGCCUUUGUUACUUGGACAGACUGGGACCUGGGCGUGUGUUUGCACUACGAGUGUAAAAGGAAGCAGCUGCGCAAACCUGACAUUCUGAAUUCCUGGAUUGAUCUCAAAGCAACGUAUAGGGCCUUCUAUAACAGAAAGCCUAAAGGGCUAAAUGGAGCUUUGCAGGAUUUGGGGAUAGCUUUUGAAGGACGGGAACAUUCUGCCUGCAAUACAGAAGAAAGGCACACCAGAAGAGUAAUUCAAUUUCCAGAACACUGACUGUAAACAUCACUGACAAGACUCCACUGGGAAGUAAGAGCAGACCUGAAACAUCUAGAGAUGGAACUUGUGAAACAAAAUCUGUGGCUGAGAACA